CCCAUUUAUUCUAAAACCCUAAACCCUAAAAUCAACAUUCACACAACUCCAAAAUCUGUUCAAACCAAACAAAUGGAUUCACGAACCAACAAUGAGAAUCAAAAUUCAGCAAGUACAAGCACUCACGAUUUAAAACCCUCAAAAAUCAAAUUUCAGUACGAGGAGGACGACGAACAGGUAGUAGAGCAAGGCGAUGAAACUGUUACGGAAAGUUCAAACCUUGAAAUCGACGAAGAUGUUUCUAUGUGUGGCCGCCCCGCCUCCGCCAAUGAUGAUUCAAUUGUUGACGUCGAUAAGACCAGCGCCGACUAUUAUUUUGACUCGUAUUCUCAUUUUGGUAUUCAUGAAGAGAUGUUGAAGGAUGUGGUAAGAACUAAGACUUACCAAAAUGUAAUAUAUAAAAAUUCUUUUCUUUUCAAGGACAAAGUUGUCCUUGAUGUGGGAGCUGGGACAGGAAUCCUGUCACUCUUUUGCGCAAAAGUUGGUGCCAAACAUGUUUAUGCGAUUGAAUGCUCCAGUAUGGCUGACAUGGCACAAGAAAUUGUAAAACUCAAUGGUUUUUCCGAUGUUAUAACAGUUAUCAAGGGAAAGGUAGAGGAAAUUGACUUACCCGUUCCACAAGUGGAUAUUAUAAUCUCUGAGUGGAUGGGAUACUUUCUGCUGUACGAGAACAUGUUAGAUACAGUUUUGUAUGCUCGUGAUAAGUGGCUGGUAAAGGAUGGUCUUGUUCUGCCAGAUAAAGCUUCUCUCUAUUUGACAGCUAUUGAAGAUGCUGACUACAAGGCUGAUAAGAUCGAAUUUUGGAAUGAUGUGUAUGGUUUUGAUAUGAGCUGCAUCCGGAAGCAAGCUAUGAUGGAACCUCUUGUUGACACAGUAGAUCAGAAUCAGAUUGUUACAAACUGCCAGUUACUCAAGACAAUGGACAUUUCGAAGAUGACUUCUGGAGAUGCUUCCUUCACUGCCCCCUUUAAGCUCAUUGCAGAACGUGACGAUUACAUCCAUGCCCUUGUAGCAUACUUCGAUGUCUCUUUCACGAAGUGCCACAAGUUGUUGGGCUUCUCAACAGGGCCAAAAUCUCGGGGCACACAUUGGAAGCAAACAGUUCUCUACCUGGAAGAUGUGAUAACCAUUUGUCAAGGGGAAGCUGUAGUUGGAAGCAUGACUGUGGCUCCUAACAAGAAAAAUCCUCGAGAUGUCGAUAUAAUGCUCAAAUACUCUGUAAAUGGUCGGCACUGUCAUGUGUCAAGAACUCAAUAUCAUCGGAUGCGAUGAUGCAUAAAGUUGAAAAAGGCAAGAGUUCUUGGGUUUACCUCCUCUGGGCGUGCAGGGCAUGACGAUUUGUCACAUCAGUAUCUGUAUACUGAGCUGAUAUCAUUUUUAAAGCAGGUAGCUACUUCCAAAAGGAAUCAAAGCUAUUUAUAUUCUCUGUUUAUGGUUUCUUCCACCAAACUGUGGGUUAUUUUCCUUUCUGUCUGCUCAGUUACACAACCAUGAAAUUCAUUUGCUGCAUUGUCUGAUGUUUGAGGCCAUAGAGGCAGUUGUAACCAAACUAUUUUACAAAACGACGUUCAUGUAUCUGAUACACUGGUUAAACUUACCAAAGUGCCCAGUACGACGUAAUUUUUCCCUUGGAUAAAGGUGAUUUGUUGUGUUAUUAGAUAAAUACAAUUUUGUAUGUGUUAUUGGUGGUGAAUGUUAAUUCGAUA